GUUUUAGUUUGCAAAGCAAAUUUUAGGUGUUAUUGUAUUGUGUACGAUGCGAAUUUGAAUAGCGCGAACGGAUAAUUUGUCACAAUUUAACUUUCGAAAGAUUUUGCCAAACAGACGUGAAUUAUUUGUAAUAAUCAGGAUGCGCAUUACUGGAGGAAUACUUACAACGUUCUGCUUGCUCCAAAUCAGCACCGCUUACCCUUACUUUCGGGACAAGAUACCGAACGGCCACCUGGUUGCAAACCCUUGCAAUAUCUCCGAGAUCUGGUUUGGCGUUGGCCAUAAGCAGAGAUAUGGCAACGGAGAGAGAAACCAAUUUGGACUCGAUUUCCAACGACAAGGAAUGCAAUGGACAAAUGACUUGUGUAGGAUGGACUCCGAUGAAGAUGGUUCUACUAAUGGUGCGGAGCUUGGAGACCCGAACUGUAAAUGGGUCCCUGGUGGUGUUCCCAUACAAUCACAAGGGAUCACACAUCCUGGUGUCUGCACUGACUCCUCUGGUCACGCCUGCAAAGAGCCGGGUUUUGAUUUGAAAUGUGACGGGUUUCAAUGUGAUGCUGCCACGGGAACAAGGAAACUUGAAAUUAGGUACACACAGAUGGAAGUACCAACGCAACCCAAAACAUACAAGUGCCAGGCAUUUGCGCUUCCUACAGACAAGGACUACCACCUCAUUGCUGCCACCCCUCACAUCAGCAACAUCAAUCACGUACAUCACAUGACAUUGCUUGGCUGCAGGCUUGGACAUCGGUCCGAUACUCCUUUUACACCAAACUGCACAUUCGAGGACGAAGAUUGUGCCGAUCCACAACUUACAGAGGCCCCAUUCAAAUGUAAUACUCUUAUUGGUAGAUAUUAUUGCGAGUCUGUCCUGCUUGUGUGGACUGUAGGAGACCUUGGAGUUUGCUUUAACAACGAUCAAGCCGCCUGGCGUUUUGGCAAAACUGCAUUCAAACAUGUUAUGCUAGAGACAUAUUACUACAAUGAAAAGCUUGCAAGUGGGGAAGUAGAUGCAUCGGGUUUGACGUUGCACUUCACCGAUAAUCUGCGGCCAAAUGAUCUUGGAAUCUUUAGGGUGGGUCUGAAUUAUCUGCUAUUUAUACCGCCAAAAAGGAAACGGUUUGAAGUCAGUGCAGUAUGUGGAGGGGACUGCAUGCGGGAGUAUUCAAAUGAAACUAUUACUAUCAUAGGUGGACAAAGUGAAAUGUUUUAUCAUGGUGUAUCUGGCAAAAUGUAUAAAGGCAAAACCGAUGGGACGUCGGAAGUAUUAUUUGAAGAUUCUGAAUACCAUCUUGAUAGUCCUAAACUACAUUUGUUGGACACACCUAAAACCCUUGGCCAAGGGGAGUCGUUAGGAGUGAAUUGUACAUACGACUCGAGUAGCGAAAACAAAACGUUAUUGUAUGGUAUAGAUGUUAACUCGACUGAGGUUUGUUUUGGGCACAUUUUGUACUAUCCGAAAGAAGGUUCAAUCGAAAAAGGAUGUACGACAAUAGGCGACCUCGAUCAAUGUGAAAUUAGGGACAUCGUUGCACAAUGUGAACAUCUGGACAUCGUUGGACAUCUGAACAAAUCACACCCUGCUUUAAAAGAAAUAUUUGACAACUGUAUGUUUGGAAGAUGCCUGCAGGAGUGCGUUAACGUCUCAGAAAAGUAUUCGACUCAUCCGUGUUUCUCCGGUUCCUUAAAGGACUUCCUAGUUUGGACAUUAUCACUACCUGAGAGCGAUGACGAUUUUAAGACGAUUAUGCUUGACUUUUGGGGCCGACUUGAUUCAUGCAAGACCAACAAUGGAAAUGUGACACAUAUGACCACUUUUUCGUCUGUUGAUUCAUGCAAGACCAACAAUGGAAAUGACAAACAUAUGACGUCUAUUUCGUCUGUUUUGCCAUGUUAUGGACAUUGGCUGAGCGUUUGGGUGUUAGUUUAUUUUGUUUUUGUUUAAAUUGAAAUUAGCAGGUCUGACUCGAAAUUGAUAUAAAGGACCAAUUUCUAUAUACUGUAGGUAGGCAUUCUCGCUUGGCUGGAAUUUUCUGAGGCUCAAUGUAUUUUCGCCGGUCCCUGGGAGUUCGAGUCCACGGUGUUCGACUGUAAUUUACAUAACAAACAGUGCUGUUUCGAAUUUAACACGGUUGAUGUCGCGUCUUGUUACACAUAUACGCUCAGGUUUGUUUAGGAAUGCUCCACGUUUACCUAUGUAUAUCACUUCCUAUGAUCGGUCAAUUGAACUACUCUCGACCAUCGACAGUGACAAAAUAUACUAAACAUAUAAUAAAUCAUUUUAUUUA